CAAAAUAUAAUAACAAUUUAUCUAGGCCAACCAUGGUGGCUGAUGCCUAUAAUCCCAGCACUUUGGGAGGCUGAGGCAGGAGGAUUGCUUGAGCCCAGGAGUUUAAGGCCAGCCCAGGAAAGAAAGUGAGACCUCAUCUCUACAAAGAAAAAAAUUAACUGGGUAUGGUGAUGGACACCUGUAGAGCCAGCUAGUUGGGAUGCAGAGACAGGAGGGUCACUUGAGCCUAGAAGGUUGAGGUUGCAGUGAGCCAUGAUCGAGCCACUCUACUCCAGCCUAGGUAACAGAGCAAGACCUGUCUCAAAGAUUUAUCUUACAUUAUUUCCCCUUAAACAAAUGUUCUUCUCUUCUUUUCCUGUGAAUAUAAUACCUUCACUAAUAUAAAGAAAAGAAAUCAAGAAAAUUAAGAAAUGCAAUUUUUUAGGUCAUCAUAUGUAAAUGAAGAUAUGAACUUUGUAGUCAAGCUGCAUAUAUAUGUUCUACAAUUAUGGACUAGCAGAAUAAAACAAUUUCAAGAAGCAACACUUCAACCAUUCUCCAUUCAUAGUUAUCUGUUUUACCUUGUUUUCCUCCCUGCAAGAUAUAUAUUUAAAAUAUAUUUACCGGUUAAAUUUGCAUUUGUAUUAAUCUGAUUUCCAAUAUUAGGAUACAGACAUUCUUUUACAUUUUGUCUAUGCUAGAUUACACUGAUUUAUAAAUUUAGCUGCUGAUGGAAAUAAUGGGAAGGCAUGUGGUGAGAGUUAUAACUUCUAUGUAAUGCACAGAAUAUUAGCUGGCUCAGAGCUAUGAAUUUAAUGCUCUUUAUGAUGCUAUUAAAUACUAUUACAAUAAAAAUACUUAUCUAAAAUAUCUAAAACCAGCACAAAUAGCUUUAAUCUAUAAAUAAUGCUUUAAAACCACUGGAAAAAAACAAAUAAUUUAGACCACUUCUAAGAAGUUGGUUGUAGUGGAAUAUGUAACACAUCUUCACUAAGAUGUGCAUAAAAAUAUCUCACAUUAAAUAUAGAUUCCCCUUUUCCAAGCGGCUGCCGAAGAUGGCGGAGGUGCAGGUCCUGGUGCUUGAUGGUCGAGGCCAUCUCCUGGGCCGCCUGGCGGCCAUCGUGGCUAAACAGGUACUGCUGGGCCGGAAGGUGGUGGUCGUACGCUGUGAAGGCAUCAACAUUUCUGGCAAUUUCUACAGAAACAAGUUGAAGUACCUGGCUUUCCUCCGCAAGCGGAUGAACACCAACCCUUCCCGAGGCCCCUACCACUUCCGGGCCCCCAGCCGCAUCUUCUGGCGGACCGUGCGAGGUAUGCUGCCCCACAAAACCAAGAGAGGCCAGGCCGCUCUGGACCGUCUCAAGGUGUUUGACGGCAUCCCACCGCCCUACGACAAGAAAAAGCGGAUGGUGGUUCCUGCUGCCCUCAAGGUCGUGCGUCUGAAGCCUACAAGAAAGUUUGCCUAUCUGGGGCGCCUGGCUCACGAGGUUGGCUGGAAGUACCAGGCAGUGACAGCCACCCUGGAGGAGAAGAGGAAAGAGAAAGCCAAGAUCCACUACCGGAAGAAGAAACAGCUCAUGAGGCUACGGAAACAGGCCGAGAAGAACGUGGAGAAGAAAAUUGACAAAUACACAGAGGUCCUCAAGACCCACGGACUCCUGGUCUGAGCCCAAUAAAGACUGUUAAUUCCCCAUGCGUUGCCUGCCCUUCCUCCAUUGUCGCCCUGGAAUGUACGGGACCCAGGGGCAGCAGCAGUCCAGAUGCCACAGGCAGCCUGGGGCAUAGGAAGCUGGGAGCAAGGAAAGGGUCUUAGUCACUGCCUCCUGAAGUUGCUUGAAAGCACUCGGAGAAUUGUGCAGGUGUCAUUAAUCUAUGACCAAUAGGAAGAGCAACCAGUUACUAUGAGUGAAAGGGAGCCAGAAGACUGAUUGGAGGGCCCUAUCUUGUGAGUGGGGCAUCUGUUGGACUUUCCACCUGGUCAUAUACUCUGCAGCUGUUAGAAUGUGCAAGCACUUGGGGACAGCAUGAGCUUGCUGUUGUACACAGGGUAUUUCUAGAAGCAGAAAUAGACUGGGAAGAUGCACAACCAAGGGGUUACAGGCAUCGCCCGUGCUCCUCACCUGUAUUUUGUAAUCAGAAAUAAAUUGCUUUUAAAGAAAAAAA